CACUUUCCCACCAAAGCACCAACUCUUUUUUGAAAAAAAAGAAAAAUACAUUCGUAUUUCGUAAUUGCAGAAAUAUGUUAAAUCAUGGAGAAUAUCUUUAAUAAUAAAGAAGUUAGCGUUAAAUGGGAUGAAAAUUGUGGUAAAAGAGGAAAUGAAAAUGCUGAAAAAGAAUUAUUUUUACAGAUUCCGAUUAUGAGAAUACGUAAGAGGUCCGAAGAACGAGAACGAGAGGAACAACAACAAAAAGAUCCCACCAUCGAAAUAACCCGUCACUUGGAAUGGAAUAAUCAUUAUAGAGUUUUCGGCAAUUGGAAAUGCUUGAAUUGUCAAAAUAGAUGGAGUAGCGCUUAUACUUGGGUUUCACUUCAAAAGUUUAUAGAACAAAAGCAUUUGGUUCAAGGCGAUUUUUUUAUGCAAAAUUGUAAGAAAUGUAAGAAAAAUAAUAAUGAUAACUGCACCAUCUCUAAUUACAAACCUCUUGAAUUAUCGGACAGCGAAAAGCCUCAUAUAAGAAAAUUAUGUGCAAAAUGUCAACAUGGAGCAACUUGUCGACAUCUACCAGAAUUACGUAGUGAAUAUUUCUCAAUCUAAGUUGUUAAUUAUUUUGUAACAUACUUCUAAUAUUCUUUUUCGUAAAGCACGCGUUUCUUUAUUAUAACCAUAUAACCAUUUUUUUUUAACAUUCAUAUAUAUUUUAUACAUAACCUUUUUAACGUUCUUUUUACUUUUCUUUAUUAUAU